GAUAACAUUCCUCCUUAAGCUAUUCGUGUCAGUUUUAAACUUCCACCACCAUUUUGCGAGCAUCGCAAGGUUUGCCUCUCUCAAAGAACCUAUUAAUCAUAAUCAAACUAGAAUUACUUAAUGGGUUAGGAUUGUACUUUAUGUAAUUCUCUUGUACUCAAGUGUAACUUAUUAGUCUAUUUAUAUCAUGUGCAUCCUCACAUUGAGGAUCAUCCAUUCAUUCAAUCCCUCUCUAAAUUCUCUCAUGGUAUCAUCCGCUCAGGUUCCUCUCCCUCUUUAACUUCUCAACUCUUUGUUUCCUCUUCUUUUUGUCUGCCUCUCUCUUCACCUUCUUCCCACCAUGUCAACAUCUAAAACUUCCAAUGACUCCCUAUCCAUGACCGCCCUCCUACACUCCCUCAAAAUCCAGUUAUCAUCAACCAAUUUCCUGCUGUGGAGAAGCCAAAUAUGGCCCCUUUUGUCGGAUCUUGAUCUCAUCGGCCACGUCGAUGGUAUUGCGACAGCCCCGCCGGAAGUUCUGACCACCGAUGGCAAAACCCCUGCUAAUCCGCAGUACACCGCAUGGAUGGCUGCCGAUCGUCAUGCAGUCAUUCUCAUCAAUUCAUCUUUGUCCGAAGAAGCGGUGUCGGUGACCGUCGGCCUCACCACUGCAAGAGCUAUCUGGCAGGCUCUUACUAACGAGUACUGCAAUGCCUCUGUCGAGCGAGUUCAUAAUAUUCGUGACAAGCUGCGUUCACUUGUCAAAGGAUCUGAUUCUGUGGCGGAAUUUGGCCGGAAGUUCAAGGGGUUAUGUGAUCAACUAUCAGCCAUUGGUCAUGCUGUUUCUGACUCCGAUAAGUUACAUUGGUUCACUGCUGGUCUCGGUGUUGAUUACAUCAGUUUUACGUCGAUUGUCAGGGCCUCUCGUCCAUCCCCUUCAUUCCAAGAUUUGGUCGCUCAGGCCGAAAGCCAUGAGGUCCUUGUCCGUGAACUUCAGUCUUAUAACAGUUCUUCUAUGGCGUUUGUGGCUCAGUCCUCCCGUCCCCCUCGUCGUGGUGGACGUGGAGACAAUCGUGGUUACCGCAACUAUCGAGGAGGCAGAAACAACCGUGGUGGUCGUGGAAAUAAUGGUUUUCGUUAUAAUAACAGGAACUCCUAUGGUCCUAGUCAUCCGUGUCAAUUGUGUGGCCUCCAUGGUCAUGUCGCUAGUUCGUGUCCUUCCCAUGUGUCGUAUCCCACCAGUGAAGCCCAUCUUGCAAACUCGUUUCAGGCGCAAUGUCAAAUUAAUCCCAACAAUGCUAGUUGGUAUGCUGACUCCGGGGCUACCGAUCAUAAGACUCAAUCUACUGGAUCGGGAAACGAGGCAGGUCCUGGCUCAAGGAAGAUGUGAGAACGGGCUUUAUGUGUUGAAUCAAGAUCAUCAAGCUCUAAGUGCUGUUUCUAUAAAUAAAGCAUCAUAUGAAUUAUGGCAUAGCCGUUUAGGACAUGUGUCCAAUGAUGUUAUUAAGCUAUUAAAUAAAACCGGAUUAGUGCAAGUCACAUCCAUUUUGCCUAAACCCAUUGUUUGUUCCUCGUGUCAAAUGUCCAAAGCACAAAAAUUGCCAUUUGAUCUUAAUCCAAAACGAGCACUCUUUCCUCUCGACUUAGUUCAUUGUGAUUUGUGGAGACCAUCACCUAUCACCUCUCAUGAAGGCUAUCGGUAUUAUGUUGCCUUUGUUGAUGAUUUUUCCAGGUUCACGUGGCUAUACCCGCUACACACCAAAGCAAUGUUCUCGACUAUUUUAACUACUUUUAUUACUUUUGUUCAAACUCAGUUCUCGAGAAAAAUCAAGGUCUUCCAAAGUGAUGGUGGAACGGAAUUUGUUAAUAAUCAAGUUAAAAAGAUAUUCCAAGACAAUGGAACGUUUCAUAGACUCUCGUGUCCUUACAUUCCUCAACAAAACGGACGCGUGGAACGAAAACAUCGUCACAUUAUUGAAACUGGACUUGCCAUGAUGUUCAAUGCUAAAGUACCCUCGUCAUAUUGGGUUGAAGCUUUUAGCUCAGCGGUUCUGUCACAAACACAACACCUCCAAACGAGAAUCCUGUUGAGAAGGUCCAACAUUCUGCUCCUUGUGGUCUUUGUUUAGAUGAUGCUGAUGGGCCUCCUCCAUCCAACAAUUCUCAAGAGCAGCCCACUAGUUCUGGACCGACCAGUACGAUUCCUCCAACAACUGCUGUGCCAGAUCAUCAGACUGAUCAACGCCGCCAACUCCGCCUCCACCGCCACCUCCACCCAACUGGUCACCAUAUGACGACUCGUUCCAAAGCCAGAAUUUUCAAACCAGUUCAUAGACCAGAUUUUGUUCACCCUCAGCAUCAUAGUCUCAAUGCUGCUCUCUUUGCUAAAACUGACCCGACAAGUUUCAAAGUUGCGGCUAAACAACGGGAAUGGGUUAUGGCCAUGCGGAAGGAAAUUGGUGCUCUACAUCAAAACAAAACUUGGACUUUUGUCCCGAGACCCGCAAACACAAAUAUAGUUGGUUCAAAAUGGAUCUUUCGUACUAAAUAUCUAUUAGAUGGCACGAUUGAAAGACACAAGGCUCGUUUAGUUGCUCAAGGAUUCACUCAAGUUCCAGGUCUUGACUACUCACAAACGUUCAGUUCAGUGGUUAAAGCUGCUACUAUCCGCAUUGUUUUAUCAUUGGCUGUCAUAAAUGGAUGGAAACUCCACCAACUCGAUGUCAAUAACGCAUUUUUACAUGGUGCUCUUCAAGAAAAAGUGUACAUGGAACAACCGUCUGGGUUCAUUGAUCCGCGGUUCCCACAUCACGUUUGUCGACUUAACAAAGCACUUUAUGGCCUAAAACAGGCGCCUCGGGCUUGGUUCCAACGUCUCAGUACAUUUCUUCUUCAGAAUGGGUUCUCUUACAGUCGUGCUGACCCAUCUCUAUUUAUUUUUAAACAGGAUUCAUGCAUCAUCUAUUUAUUAUCUAUUUAUUGGCAUAUGUGGACGAUUUAAUUAUCACUGGCAAUUGGGAAAGUGUUAUAUCCUCCUUUGUCAAUAAACUCAACUCUGAGUUUGCUACAAAAGACUUAGGCGAUUUAAGUUACUUUCUUGGACUUGAAGUAACUAAUUAAAAGGUCAACUAUUCCUCAGUCAGUCGAGAUAUGCUAGAGAUAUCUUAGAACGGGCUAAUAUGUUAAAUGCCAAACCGAUGGCCACUCCUCUUGCGGCUAACAUUGUUUUUACCUCCACAGGUGAAACAUUCGGAGAUCCCACCUUAUACAGGUCAUUGGUUGGAGCUCUCCAAUACCUAACUAUCAUUCGUCCCGAUAUCGCCUAUGCCGUAAAUCAAGUAAGUCAGUUUCUACAGAACCCCACAACUGAUCAC